UAAACAAUCACCGCGAGACGCUUGAUUUCUAUCGGUGGUUAACUGUGCGUUUGAAUCCUACCGUGAACGAUGGCGUCGCGCUACAUCACUUGGACGGUACCUCAAUUAAAAAAGGAAUUGAUGCACAGGGAUGCAGCUACGCACGGGAGAAAAACUGAUCUGGUUGAAAGGCUUGAGUCCUAUGAUAGGAACAAGAACUUUUUACCACCGCCUGUUCUUCUGCCAGAACCUCUAGAUGUGAACUGGCCAUCCACUGGAUUUCAACAAUUGAAGCCAGAUCACCAAGGACUUUUACCUAGUGUAACAAGGGACCAAACAGAAGCCUACUUUCUUCACCGCCUUGCAGGUGUUAAUGACUCGGCAAGAAAUAUUAAGGCCAUUAAGAAUGGUGAAUUGUUGUACGAUUCCAAGAGAAUCCUUGCGUGUUCUGUGCUCAUUCAGGCCGACAUAUUUUUUACGGGAAUAGUCAGUGCAGCCAUGAAAAAUAAGGUGACAUACAACUACAAGCUUCGACUAGAAAAGCAAUCCGGAGAUAUUUUAAGUUCCCACUGCGAAUGUCCUGCUGGUAAGGGCCCAAACGGAACGUGUAAGCAUCUAGCAGCAGUGAUGGUGAUGCUGGAGAAGUUCACUGGGUUAGGAGAACUGACUGGCAUUGAGAAAACGUGCACAGAAAACCUUAUGAUGUUCAAUAAACCAAAGAUUUCCCAUAAAGGAUCACCAGUAAAGGUAGAACAUCUUUCACGAAAACGCAAGUCAGAGUCAAUAUUAGAUGAUCCCCGUCCAGAGAAGAGGAGGAAUAUGGAGGGUUUUGAGGACAGGGUGAGGAACAUCCUCAUCAAUUAUACCGCAAAAUCGUCGGCAGAUAUUGCCUAUCGCUACUUAUUCAAAGGAGCUGAUUUGAAG